AUGAUCAGGACGAUAGGGGAGGUCGGGGGCAGGCUCGUGGACGUCGAGGUGGCGCAGCAGAGCAGCUGCGAUGGUGUGCAAGUCAUCGGGGUGUGUGCCGGCGCAAGCGUCCUGCCGGACCUGUCUGCGCGCGCGGGCGACGAGGCGUACCGGAAGGAGCACGACGUGCGCUCCGUCAGCGUCGGACACGGCCAGACUGAAGCCCGGGGCGGCGCGCAGCGGCGGCACACGCGCGCGGACGCGGGCCCCGCGGCUCCAGGCCUGAUCCGCCUCGCUCUCUGGGCGCUCAGACUGAUCUGGACGACCAUCAGCGCGCCGCAGGACACUCUGGCGGCUGCGCUUGGCGUCGCAGACUCCGGCGGGUUCCCCUGCCAGCGCCUGGACACCCAGGCCGCGCCGGGCAACGCGCACCGCAUCGCAGUCGUCGCGGGCGCUCCGACCGCGGCCGUUCUCGUCACAACAUCCAGCAGCGUCGUCGCCGUCGGGUGCGCCCCGGGGGGGGUGUGGCUCGUGGACAUCCCCGCGGCUGUUCACGCGCCGCAGCAGGGCGUCGUGUCGCCCUCGCGCCUCCGGGCCGCGAAACCCGGAGGCCUCUGGCGCUCCGCCGCGCACCACGCCCCGCCGGGCGGCGCCACGGGCUCCGUCGGCGCCCUAGCGUGGGCCCCGUGCGGCGGUCUGAUUGCGUACAGCAUGCAAGGCCGCGGGGGCGUCGUGGUGCUGGACGCGACGACGGGCUCGCAGACGCGCGUGCAGGCGUCGCCGCGCCCGGCGCGGACCAUCGCGUGGUCGCAGUGCGGGUCGUACAUGCUGGCGGGGGACUGUUCGGGUACGACACAUGUUUGGCUGACACGGACGUGGGUGUGCAGCCGGCUCGAGGCCUCGCGGGCGUCGGGCGGCGUGUCGCACGCGGUGUGGGGGCCGGGCGGCGCCAGGGCGGCCGCGACGGUCUUCGUGGCGUACGAGGGCUGCCGCCAGCUGGCGUGCAUGCGGUUGAGCGGACCGCCGUCGGUGCACCCGACGGUGCUGUCGCUGCCGCUGAGCGAGCUGGAGCGGAGGGACGCGCCGGGGAAGGGCUGGCCCGGCCCGGUCGUGACGGGGCUCGCGCUGAGCGAGGAUGGGACGCGGCUGGCAGUGGCGCUGGGCGGCGACCACCCCGCGCGCGGGUGCGUGGCGCUGUGGGCGGUGAGCUCCGGCGUGACGGUGCGGCCGAGCUUCGUGGGGUACGUGUCGCCGGGUCCGCCGGACGCGGGGGGGGACCUGGAGCCGAUUGAGGCGCUGAGUUUUGUGGGCGGGGGGGGGGUGUUGUCGGCGCUGCAUGCGAGCGGACGCGUGACGUCGUACCCGAUCGCCUAG